CCCAGAGUUCAAUGCAGUAUAUUAGCGGGAUUUUUGAUCGCUGGAGAGUGGAGAUAUAUUUAUUUUGAAGUUGAACGCAUUAUCACUGAUUUUUCUAUUUGUAUGUUGUAUCAGCUUUACCAAGAUUCAAGAACUAGUUGUGGAAUAGAUAUAGAUGGCAAACAAAAUGGGUUUCGCUCUCUUUGACUUUUUUAAUGAGAAUGCGGUUGACAUCGGCAAGGUUUCGUGGAUCCAAGAGCCUUCGUCUUUGACAAUGGAAUCCGUGUCGGAGAAUGAAACUGUUGUUAAAGUGGCGUGGCCCAAAGGCGGAGUGGAGGGGAGCGAUAUCCAAUUGUCGCUGGCUAAGGUGGUCAAGUUUGCAGCUCAAGGUAAGCAGCUUCUGCGGCACAGGGACGAGUUUGUGCGGUUAGGCAGUGCAGAGCUGCAGUCACCGGAACUGGGCCGAGGGAAGAGAGAACCGAAGAGGAAGCUCUCGGACAUCGAAGACCAUGAUGAAGAACCAUCCCUUCCCAAACCACCUUCAAACGCUGCCAAGAAGAAGAAGACAAUGAGCAGCAUGACAUCAUCGGUAUUGGACCAGCUGAAGGAAAAGUAUUCACACAGCCACGACAACAGUGGACCGCCCGAAGCCGCAUGUUCGCAUCCCGACCAGGAAUGCCGCAAAUGCAAACUACUUCAACAACAAAUAGACAUCCUUGAGGAGGAGAAAGCUACAUUGCUGGCGUCAUUGAGAAUGAACAAAAUCGCUGGAGAUGUUGUUGCCAAAUUGGAGCUGCUAUGUCACACGCCAGCUCCAAAGCUGCCAGAUAUGACAAUGCCCAUGAGGACACCUCCAAGUCCCUUCAAUCGAGAGUCAAGUACGCUGAGGUAA